UUACGUUUUGACGUACGAAAUUGUGGUUACAUCGAAUUUAGCAAAAAUAAUACAUAAAAAUACUCAAUUAUUUAUUAGUGUUGCGUAAUUUAUAACUGAAAUUAUAAAGUAAGGUAUAUAAUACCUAAAACUAGUGUAAUAACAACUGCAGUGUGAGAUAGUAAACGCUGAAACAAGUGACUGCCUACGUGUUGAUUUUAGCAAAUUCUAUUAAAAGUCAUCUUAAAUAUUAUGAAAGCUUGUUAAAUAUCGGCUUAGUGAUGAAUAAGAAACUAGUGAGAACCGGCCCUAGGAUCAGGAUAACCAGACCUGCUUUAAAAUCAAGAAAAGCUGAUGACCCAGUCGGAGUUUUUGAUGAUCGAAAAUACAUCUACUCUUGCCAAUAUUGCCGCUUGAAAUUCACACAGAACUCUCAAUAUUUCCGCCACAUGACUUCAAACCACGAGAUUCAGCAAAAGGCAGCUACUUUUGAGUGCAAUGACUGUCAGAUAAUAUUUAAUAAGAAAAGCAAUUUGGAUCUCCAUUGUCAGACGCAUCACCAGAUCAAAAGCAAGUCGAAAUGCGAAAGCUGCGCGAUAACUUUCAAGUCCAGGUACUGUUUACGCCGACAUCUUAAAUUGAAACAGAUACUACAAGAAAAUUCGUGUUUUAAAUGUCAAAAAAAGUUUACUAGCAAAGAAGGUUUAGCUAAGCAUGUCCAAAAUAAACAUACUUUUAAAAAUGUUACGUUUCAAUGUGAUCUAUGCUCUUUAAAGUUUAAAGCUGAGGAGUCGCUGCGGAGUCAUUUAGCUCGAAUUCAUAAACUGUUAUGAUUUUUUAGGAAAUUUUUGGUACUUUAAAUUUUUUUUUAAUUAUAGGCAGUAUACACUAGAUAAUUUUCUUUAUAGUGGUACAUUGUUAAGAUUAUACCAAUAAUGAAACAGGGAUUUUCAACCUUAUUAACUCGUCGAGUACCGGUUUUGUAGACACAAUUAUAGAACAAUAG